GAUGAAAAAGAAAAGAAAAGAAAAAGAAAAAAAUCGCAGGUAUUUCUCCAGUCUAGGCUACCCCAGCGGAAAGUCGAUUACAGAUAUCGACUCUUCUUCUCUUACUCUCAAACUGAGAUAUUUGUAUAGUGGAAGCCAUGGACGUGCUUUUGCUCUCUUCACCACCAACCCCACACUUAUCUUCCUCUCUCAGACCCUCUCUUCGUUCCUCUAAACCCUCUCCUCUUCCUUUCACUUUCAAUCCAGUCUCUUCUCCCCUCAAAUGUUUCCCAUCUCUCAAAACCUCCCUUCAAUCUUCUCAAACCCUAACUCCUCAAUUCUCGGCUCCCCAGACACCCGCGACCGCCAUGAGGGGAGCGGAGACCGAUGCCAUGGGGCUUUUGCUUAGGGAGAGGAUUGUGUUCUUGGGGAACAAUAUCGAUGAUUUUGUGGCUGAUGCUAUUAUCAGUCAAUUGUUGCUUUUGGAUGCUCAAGACCCAACUAAAGAUAUUCGCCUCUUUAUCAAUUGUCCUGGAGGCUCUCUCAGUGCUACAAUGGCUAUCUAUGACGUGGUGCAACUUGUUAGAGCUGAUGUUUCUACAGUUGCACUUGGUAUCUCAGCAUCAACAGCUUCCAUAAUCCUUGGUGGUGGCACAAAAGGAAAACGCUUUGCAAUGCCAAAUGCAAGAAUCAUGAUUCAUCAGCCUCUUGGAGGUGCUAGUGGGCAAGCAAUAGAUGUGGAGAUUCAAGCACGAGAAAUUAUGCAUAACAAGAAUAAUGUCAUCAGAAUUAUUUCAGGUUUCACUGGUCGCACAACUGAACAAGUUCAAAAGGACAUUGAUAGAGAUCGCUACAUGUCUCCAAUAGAAGCUGUUGAAUACGGAAUUAUUGAUGGGGUUAUUGACAGAGAUAGCAUCAUUCCUUUGGCUCCUGUUCCAGAAAGGGUAAAACCAACACUCAAUUAUGAGGAAAUGCGAAAAGAUCCAAUGAAAUUCUUGACGCCAGAUAUCCCUGACGAUGAGAUAUACUAGCUUGUGCUAUUUGCUACGAGGCUGGCUCUCAAUGUGUUUCGUUGGAAAAGACAACUGGGGUUUGUGAUUAACACCCUACCAAAUGCAUUUGUGUGAUAUUUUGCUGAUAAUGGUUUUCAAGAAACCUACUGGACAGCCCAGCAUCAUAGCAAGAUUGCAAAACUCAAAUGAGGCCUUUUUUUGUUUUUUUUUUAUAAUUAAGAUGUAACAUUCACUGUAGACUUUUGAAAUUAUUGCAAACUUACCAUUGAAUUGAUCUUGGAAGAAAAUGUGGGAUUUUGAUU